UUAGGCUCCUCUUCCAUUUUUUCCUCUAGCUCCAUCCCAAAUCAUCAUUCCUCCCUGCAGACCCUAAGCCUCCCCUCAUCCCCCCCCCCCAUCCUCUACUGCACUGCCCUGAAGCUCUCUGCUCCCCUCCAUCCUCCUGCCCACUCUCAAGCUCCUCUCCCUCCCUUGUCUUCCCUGCCCCUGGGUCUCCCAUCCUGUGUGCCACAAUGACCGUCAUGGCUGGAGAGAACAUUGACGAGACUUCUGCGCUACCUGGCCACCCCCAGGAUAGCUACCAGCCUGCUGUCCACGAUGACCAUGAGUGCUGUGAGCGCGUAGUGAUAAACAUUGCUGGACUACGCUUUGAGACACAGCUGAAGACUUUAGCCCAAUUCCCCAAUACACUGCUGGGCAACCCCAAGAAGCGUAUGCGGUACUUCGACCCCUUGCGCAAUGAGUACUUCUUUGACCGGAAUCGGCCCAGCUUUGAUGCCAUCCUCUACUACUACCAGUCUGGGGGGCGGCUUCGCCGGCCGGUCAAUGUGCCCUUAGACAUGUUCUCUGAGGAAAUCAAGUUUUAUGAGCUGGGUGAGGAGGCCAUGGAGAAGUUCCGGGAAGAUGAAGGGUUCAUCAAAGAUGAGGAGAGACCCUUACCUGAGAAAGAAUACCAGCGCCAAGUAUGGCUCCUCUUUGAGUACCCAGAGAGCUCUGGGCCUGCGAGGGUCAUUGCAAUAGUCUCUGUUAUGGUGAUCCUCAUCUCCAUCGUGAUCUUCUGCCUAGAGACGUUACCUGAGUUGAAGGAGGACAAGGAGUAUACUGUGCAGCGCACUGACAAUACUACUCAGGUCUACAAAUCCAACAUCUUCACUGAUCCCUUCUUUGUUGUGGAGACCUUGUGUAUCAUCUGGUUCUCCUUUGAGCUGGUGGUGCGCUUCUUUGCCUGCCCCAGCAAGACUGACUUCUUCAAGAAUAUCAUGAACUUUAUUGACAUUGUGGCCAUCAUCCCCUACUUCAUCACCCUGGGCACUGAGAUGGCUGAGAGGGAGGGGACUCAGAAAGGGGAGCAGGCCACCUCCUUGGCUAUCCUGAGAGUCAUCAGACUGAAACAUCGCUGCCAUCAUUGUAUUUGCCCUUCAUUUCCCCAAGAUGGCUCUUUGCCAGCCUCUCCUAGAACAGCAGGAUGCAGGAGGAACUUAGGACCAGCAUUAACUGCAGCAUCACCCAGUCAGGCAACCGGAUUGGAAGACUGCACUUUUCUUUCCCUUGGGUUCCCCAGGAGGUAGGUGAGAGAAGGUUUUCAGUGCCCAUCUCUGUCUCUCUCAUCCACUUUCAGCAAUAGAUCAAAUCUUAAAUCCCAUCACAGAUCUUUCAAGUCAUUCUUCUUUCUGGUCCCUGUCUCCACUCUGUUCUCACCAAUGUCUGGUGAAGGAAGCAAAGCUAGGAGAAGGCAUCUUCUGCAAUUUGCCAGCCUUGACUGCUAGGCCCUAGAAAAUAACAGCCUUUGAUCUUAACUAAUGCAGGCACUAAUCUUUUUUUUUUUUUUUAAUGGAGAAAGUUGAGAAUCUUCAUUCUGCACUUAGCAUGUGGCCAACUGUAAUUGAAUGCUUCCCUACUGUACAGAUCCCUUCUUCCCCUAUCUUUCCUAUCUGAUAUAUGUAUAUAUGUGUAUAAAUAUAUAUAUAUGUAUGUGUGUGCGUGAGAAUACAUGUGCGCGCACACACACACACACGCACACACACAAAUACACACACACACACACACACACACACACACACACACAAAAUCAAAGCACUUAGAAUAAUAAUAAAAAAAACCCUAACUGCAGUUACGCACAAGCCUGACAUGCCAGGCUUCCAGAAAGACUUGAUUUUUCUUCUCACUGUGUGGCUUCUGUGAAUCUUAAUGAUGAGAAAGUGAUCAAGAAUUGAGGGACUCCUGCAAGAAACACAAAGCAUCAGAUAAAACAGGGCAUUAUAUUCUCUAGGUAGAUGUUGUAAAACUUCUUUCCUGUCCCCUACUAACUCACCCCUGCCCAUUGUACAUCUAUCUCCCCAUCAAAAUCUGGUGGUCCUGAUCUUUCCAGACUCUUGAAUUCUAGGAUAUGACUUCUUCUGUCAAAAGGGACUUCAAUGCUGCAUUCAGCUUAUCAAACAAACAACCAGCAAUAAUCAAUUCAGUGUUGUGGGACUGAUGAUCUGUAAGUAGCAUCUGGGAGAUAAGGUCUCACUUUGGUAACCUAAAUUCUGUUCUAGUUGGGUAUCCACACCUUAGUUUAAUGAUCAGAAUGAUAAUUAUUCUUGUAUGUAAAGAGAAAAGUGCUGCAUACAGCAAUUCUUUGUCAGGAGAUGGGGAUGGAUUAUUAGGGCUUGGGGUGGCUUGGGGAGCUUGAAUGUUGCUUUGCUUAUAUCUCAUUGCAAAGGAGUUCAGUAAAUAUGGAGUACAGGGAUUAACCCCAUGUAGCACAGGCAUGUGUUUUGGGCAAGUUUGAUGCAAAAAACCAAAAAAUAUUCUUACCCCCUUUUACACAGAAAAGCAGAAAUGUCUUUGAGGGUCUGCAGGUGCAGUUAAAAAACUACUUGUUCUUACCAGCAAACAUCCCUUUCUAUCUUUCUUUCCUUUUUCAUUUCUUCUCCCUUUUGUCCUACAUUUCUUUUUGCUACACAGCUUGAGGUCUGUGGGGUUGUUUCUGUCAGUGUAAGGAAAUGAACUGAUGGCUGGUUUAGUGCUUCACUGAAAGACAGAAGAGACCACCAUUUGUUUGCUAGGAAGCUCCCAAAAGUGAUGCCCAUGUUGUGCUGAAUAGAGAUAUCAGUAGAUACAGCAGCUUUAGUUGGACUGUAGUUUGAUGAGGCAAAGCAGCAACACUGGCAUAUGGCCCCCUUUUACCAGCCACUGCAGUGCUGCCUUCUUAGGUGCCUCUAGACAGCUUUUUCUUAGGCCACUUUGUGAAGUGGAUGAGGGAAUUUAUCUGCUGUGACCAAGGCAACAGUGCACUGUGAUGCAGAGUAGCAGUGAAAUGGGGCAGCAGUGGGCAAGAAUCCCAUAAACUGGUAUCAUGGCCCAAACUCCCCAUCUGGUCCUACCACCCUUAGCUGUACAGGGCACUAGGGAACAGGCAGAGGAUCAAGUGGGAAAUGAAAUGCUCUGUACCCCUUUCCUUAACAGAAUCAAGCAGUUGUUUUCUAACUGCAAAGAGCUCCAAUCCUCUGUGCUGCAGCUCCAGCAUAGGCAAUGGACUGGAUUAAUUUGUCUUCAAGAGGAAGUUAGUGUGCAGUAAGCCAGGGUGUGAGUUCACAAUAUCCUAGAAAAUCCAUGCAAACUCCCUGCAUGGAAUCUCAUCAGCCGUAUUUCCACUGGGGACUUCAGGAAAGCUAAUCCGAAUUAAUGAAAGGUGUGCAUUUAAAGUAGAUUUGUUAAACUGCAUUCAAGCCCAGCAUGGACAUUCUGUUGCAGUAUAGAAGCAGCCUUAAUCUGAUUUGGGUUCAUUCUUUUUGGGAGGAAAGUAAGCUGAAUUGAAUUAAGGCUGCUUUAAUUCUGAACACAAUGGGGCUUAAUGCGGUUUACCUCAUCUGCCUCACAAGUUCAUUCAGAUAGACAAACCUUUAGUAAUCAUUAAAUGUAAUGGAACUGACCCUUCUUUGCAGAAGGUGGCUGGGGGGAGUGUGGCCAAAUGGCAUGAAACUCUUAGUACGCAAGAAGAGCAUCUGUAUAGACAGGGUGGAGUGGUGAGUGCUCGAAAAUCACAGCCUGGCUUACUAAGCACUAGCAUAUCGUUUUUUGGUACAAUUGUAAUGAUUUCCUUCUUUGUUCCUGAUUUACGCAUUUGUAUAUGUGAGGAGAAUCAAUCCCUCUGCCUUCUGUGACGUUACCUGGCAAUGAUCAUGACCCAAGGCAAUUAAUGUCCACUUACAAAUUCUUUAACUGUGCACAUGCUUAACCUGAUGUACUGUCAAUCAUAUGGACAGGCUCUUGAAAGACAGCACAAUGCACUAGAGACUGGACAAGAAUAGGCAAAAAUCCUAUUGAUUUCAAUAGUGAUAUUGCCUGAUAGAGGGAACAGACCCUUCUUAGCAAAUCAGCUGUGUAUAGUUCAUUAGAGACAGCAUUGGCCCAAAUAAACAGUUGAAUUAGUGGAACUUUCGUUGACAAGUUUUGACUAGGAGACAAUUGUUUUCAUUGAACAGAUGUACAAAAAGUUUGUUUCUAUUAUGAUAGAGCUGAAGCACAAAUGUAACAUAAAGAAAUCACUUAUAUUUUAAGUAUGAAGAACUGAGAGCAAAUUUCAGUCUUCCAUAGUUCAGACUUUGACAGUGCAGUUUCCUAUAUGCAUAUAUUAAUUGAAAUAAAAUCAAAGUAAACACAAGGACAAGAACAUCUGAAAUUCAUUAGAAAAGAGUGGAAAGUUGUAUUUCAGAAAAUAUCUUCUGUGCACAUAUAUUAUAUACAUAUAUUUAUAUGUAUAAUAUAUAUUCCUUUUCUAAUGUUAACUUGAUAACUGUUCUUUGAGGGUUGACAUCCUGGAAUAAUUUUCCCUAGCAUAAAGAAAAGGGAAAAAACACAGCUUCUAGCCACUGCUUCAGGAAAGGUCUGAUCCCCUAGUCUUUCAGCAGCCUGUGUCCACUGAUUGUUGUGGUAAUUUUGGACUCACAGGAAUGCAGAAUCAGUUCCAAAGUGUGAUUUACCUUUCAUAGUCACAGAGCUGGAUGGAAUUAGAAAGUUGUCUUGCAAUUGCACAACAUGGCAAGCUUGUUUCAGCCUGUAUAUAACAAGCCUGAAACAGAUUCUUUUUCUCAGCUGCUUUAACCAGGGACCUACAUUUCAGUUUUUGUUGUACUUUCUUCAGGCUGAGUUUAUUCUUCUGUUGUUCUGGCUUUAUUUAAUCAGGUAUAGCAAAUAUCUUUUUUCUGAAAUGCUUAUCAAGUAUUCUUAAAAGCGUCAGUAUUUGUAUCUGCAACAACAAAACUUCAGGGUGUUCUAUUAUUUCAUUUAGUGCAGGUGAACUCACCACCAGUGAGGUCAACAAUUUAUGCUGUCAAGGCAUAAUAUGCUUUGAUAUUUUCAAAGGAAAUAAAGUGAAGCUGAGGUCUUAAUUGAAAUUUGUCUCAAAAUAUCUGUUACUAUCUAUGUAAACGUGUAUAUUUCACCUGUUCACAGGCUCUAGCAAAUGUCACUUCAAGUUAUAAAAAAAUCAUCUUCUGUUUCUGGUUUUUAUAAUAAAUAAAAUGAAAACAUGCUACAUUCAGUUCCUUUCGGUGCAUCAGUCUUUGAUCCAUGUUAUUGUUUCAGUGGCAUGUCUAUAAUGUAAUUGGGAUCAAAUGUAGAUUUUACUUUUGUACAGAAAGUAAAAAUGAUAUUUUUAUGACUAAAUUCAGCAACCCCCUACCUAUAACCUACUAAAAUUAAAUAUUUUUUUCCUUUCCUUGACAUGUAAACCAUUGUUUUUGCAGUAUGUUGGUUUGAAAUGAAUAAAUAACAGCUGUUGAUAGAACUGUAUAUGGCCUCUCAGACAUACCUCUGAUUUUAAAGAACAAAUAUUACUGAUGUUAAAUAUAGAAACUCAUUAGUCUCCAUGUGAAGUGCACCAUUAGGGCAACAAACUGUUUAAGCUGACUCAGCUGUACUUAUUACCACCAUUUACAAACCGCUUACACUUUGGAUCAUGUACUUUAUUGUCACAUAACAGCUCAUUUUAUUUCCAGUAGUGAAAUCAUUUGGUUUAUCAUUUUUAGAACCUCUAAUGUCAUGAGUUCUUGAACUGUUUGAAAUGCAUAGUUUUCAUCUAUGCAAUUUUACCUGCUUCUGUACUUGUUCAUCUGUUCAUACUUGGCAACAAUUAAAGAUAAUUUUUAAGGAUCUUA